ACUUUGCAAUUCUGGGAAUGGACAUCGAUGUGCAAACCAUAGAGGACAAUGUCGUCAGCUUGGAGAUGCUGUUUAAAUCAUGGCUACAUGACUACAGUACAGAGAGGGAACACCUCCAUCUCCUUCUCCCAUCAGGAGGCUUCAGCCAUGCCACUGCACCCAAGACCACCCUGAUGUGCCUCAAGUGCGAUUUGCAGGAGAGGUUGCUCGACCCAGCUCUACUUUCUGGGACAGUUGAUGGCACCGUGAGAGCAGCAGACAUGAAUUCACCCUGUCAGAUGGCAGCCUGGCCAGCUACAGUGCUGUAUAAACUCCGGGUUGUAAAGGCUCUGAAGUCUGAAGGGGUCUGUGAGUCUGUACUGUAUGGCCUGCCCUUCAUCAUCAAGCCCACAAGCUGCUGGCAGCUAGACUGGGAUGAACUGGAGAUAAACCAGCACAGCUUCCAUGCUUUAUGCCAUAGUCUUCUGAAAAGGAAGUGGAUGCUUUUGGCCAGACGUGAGCCACAGAACACUGGUCCAAACUGGAACAUCGUGGUGCACUCCUACUACAUCAUUGUCCCUUCUGACUCUGCCACUCUACUUGUCAAAGCAAUUGCCAUCAGAGAGCUCUUGCUGCCAUCAACCUUCCCAGCCCUCCUUGCUGAACACCCUGAGAGAGUGCAUGGCCCGAUAGAGAGUGCCCUGAAUAGUCUGGAAGUAGAAGUUGCUUAUAACCCCUUACACCUAAAAAGCAACCUCUACAAAUACCUGAAGAGUACGUUGUACAAACCUCUGCACAGGCAGCAGGCCCAGCCCAAGGACCAGCGACCAGAGCGGCAUCAGCCCAAGCAGCAUCAGAGCAGAGCCAAAGCUACAGUGGCACCGCUUCUGAUGGCUCCUUCUCCUGACCAAGCGUUCAGGACAGCAGCAGCCAGGAGAGAUUCCUGCGAGCGCUCCCUGCUCCCGAAAGAGUAUGAGGAGUUCCUGCAGUGA